UGGAAGAUGGCUGCGGCGGAGCGUCCCCCUUUCAAAGAAGGGGUCCGGAUAUUUUUCCUGUGCGUGUGUUGGUACACGGUCAGUUCGGGAGGCAACAUCGUGAACAAAAUAAUCCUCAAUGGAUUCCCGUAUCCUGUCACUGUAUCGCUCUUCCACAUACUGUCAAUCGUGGUCUUUCUGCCGCCGCUGCUGCGGGCAUGGGGAGUCCCAAAAUCAGAGCUGCCCAACAGAUACUACCGGUGGUACAUCCUACCCCUGGCUUUUGGAAAAUACUUUGCAUCUGUCUCAGCUCACUUCAGUAUAUGGAAAGUACCGGUGUCAUAUGCACACACAGUCAAAGCGACAAUGCCAAUAUGGGUGGUGCUGUUAUCAAGAAUUAUCAUGAGGGAGAAACAAACGACGAAGGUGUAUAUCUCUCUUAUCCCCAUCAUUGGAGGAGUGCUGCUAGCCACGGUGACCGAGCUGUCAUUUGACAUGUCGGGGCUGAUCAGUGCUCUGGCGGCCACCCUCUGCUUCUCUCUGCAGAACAUCUUCUCCAAGAAGGUCUUGCGGGACACACGAAUCCACCACCUGAGGUUACUCAACAUCCUGGGCUUUAACGCCGUGAUCUUCAUGUUGCCUACCUGGGUUCUAGUUGACCUCUCAUCGUUUUUGGUGGAUGGAGACCUGUCGGACGUGGGGGGCUCGGCCAGCACCUUCCUCCUCUUGCUGGUCAGUGGCUUCUGCAACUUCGCACAGAACGUCAUCGCCUUCAGCGUGCUCAGUCUGGUCAGCCCGCUCAGCUAUGCUGUGGCCAAUGCCACCAAGAGGAUCAUGGUCAUCAGCAUCUCGCUGCUGAUGCUGCGCAACCCAGUCACCUCCACCAAUGUGCUUGGCAUGAUGACUGCCAUUGUCGGCGUCUUUCUCUACAACAAGGCCAAGUAUGAUGCCAACCAAGAGAAGAAGUUGCUUCCCACUACCAAGCAGGACAUAAUGUCUUUUGACAACCCAGAACUGGAGAAGAUCCAGGCCAAUGGGUCCGUGCCUUUCUCUCAUGGCUCUGAGGCUCAGUAUAGCCGGAACAACGUACUAACCGACCACUUCCAGUACAGCCGGCAGGGCUACACCAUGAACUACAGCGGGAACCACCAGUAUGUGGUCUAGCCUACGAGUCUGCUUCUCAUAGACAUGACUGUAUGUAGCCAUCCCUCCUAACAGUGGGUCUUCAGAGGCCCACACCAAGCCAGGGAUUGAAGGCAAACGCUGGUUUUUGAAGGAGCACCAGAAAAUAAUUUAUAUCAAUCAUGACAGGGCCAGUGUGUUGUCGUCUUCACGUCACUUUCUAACAGGUUAGCUGCCCAUCAUUGUUAAUUUAUUACUUAGGUACAACUGUAUGGGAUGGUGUUAGCCAAAAUAAAACUUGUAUUAGCAGUUUCCAGACAUCUGGUUGGCAGAUUUAGCUGUGUUUUCUAUUUGCAGCUCUUUGUCAUAGAUUUGGCUGUAGGAAGAUGAAUGAAAUGGCAUGCACCUUAAUGUCUGGAAACAACUGAAUCACGUUUGUUUUCUUAACCAGGCAUCAGUUGUUGUUGGGUGUUGUCAUAGGCAGUGCUAGGGCAUCAGGUAUGGGGAAGCCAGAUUUGCGAAACAUUACAGUAAAAAAAAACCCAAAACAAAACAAAAAAAACAUGGUUUUAAACCAAAUGAGCUUACCUUGCUGAGUGUAAAGACAAAUUAUAUAAUAUCCCGUUUGAAAUGCCCUGCGAACUGACCCGCCUCUGUUUGAAUCUUUGGUGCUGAAUUGUGACUCAUUUAGGCGCCUCUUCAUGGGGGGCAGGGACUUUAUUUAUUUACUCUGCCAGGAUAGAAAUUCUGAUAAAACGUACAUACGCCUUUCCGCUCUUACUGGGCAAUGAUAGAAUGACGUGUCUUAAAUGGGCUCGUUUUUGUGGCACUGUCUUUAAGGAUAAAUUAAGGAUUUUAUUUUGUUUUUAUUUUUAUUUUUUUGCAUUGUUUUCAGUGCGCAUCUCAAAGGACCAGUCCGAUCACUAGUCUGUUCAGGUCCAAAAGUCUUGCAGCUUAUGGUCAAUUUAAGUCAAUUUAAAACGUCACCUUAACUGACUUUUUACUCCUUUGACCCCAAAUUUAAAAAAAAAAAAUUUUUUUAUCAUGGCUUCACUCCUACCUACACAUACUUCAUUCCUUUUCUUCGCUCAGUGAAAAAUGUUAGCUAAACUGAACUCGAAUGUCAGGGAAGAUAAAUUAACUGCCAUGAUCGCUGAAGAAGAAAUAAAAGUAAAAAGCAGAGAUAAAAAGAUAAAUAAUUGACCGCAUAUGCAUGUCAGUGGUCCAUUCACGUUGGAUGAUUCUUUCAAUCACAGACGGAUAGAUAGGUUAAAAAAAUGUCAGUGAUAAUUUUGCUUCCCCUAACCUCUUAAUAGCGCCACCUUAUUGGUGUUGUUUACUUUCAGAAAAAUGGAUGUCGUUAAUUACUGUGAACGAUCACUGAUAUGGCAACUGCUGUUUGCAGCAAUGUCUACACAGGUCACUUCCCAAAUGAAUAGUUUAAAAGAAAUGCCAAGACAUUUUCAAUUUAAGUUUACUGGGUUUUUAAUUAAUAUUUUUCUUAACAAAGAAGUCAUCAUGGCAUGGGAGGAAAAAGCGUUGGGAUUUGAACUUCAGUUUUUCCCAAAACUGUAGCAGUGUUGGUGUUUCUUAUUAAAUUAAAAUGAGUAACACUUACCACAAAUGCUUAUGCUAGCUUGAGCCUACUGGAAUUUUUUUUUAAAGAUUUUUUUUCAGCAUUUUCUGCUUUAUUUUAACGGUGACAGUAGAGAGAGAGAGGAAGGGUAGGGGAGAGAGAGAGAGGGGAUGACAUGCAGCAAGGGGCCCGGGUCGGAUUCAAGCCCAGGCCGCUGUGGUAAGGACUCAGCCUUAUGUGUUGCUACUCUACCAGGUGAGCUACUGGGGUGCCCCCUUACUGGAACAUCUUUGUUCCAGUUACGAAAGCCAACACUGCUGAAGGCCAAGUACUUCUGUCAGACAGCGUAAAACGAACAUUUAACAUAAGCAAACAGUUAAAACAUUGAUUAGUUUUGUCUGGGGGAGGUUCUAAAGUUUAUGAAAGUUGAUGAAAUGUCUGUUGUAUUUAAACAAACAAGUAAAGAUUUAUUAGACUGCAGGCAGCCAGAACAAAUGCUAUGUUUUCCCACCCUGGUGCCAAGGCCAGUGUUUUCUGUUGUGAUUUAACGACUGCCAGGGUGAAGAUAUAUCACAGUCCAGAUCUAAAGAUUUUAGGUCCUUAAGCACUCUGUAUUCCUCAAAAGAAGCUGCCACCUGCAGUGAAUACACCUCCCUUUCACAUUCAGCCGAUUGAAAUUUCAGUCAGCUUUAUGAUCACUGCAUAUCAUCAUGUCCUGUUAACAAAGAUGCUAUUUGAAAAUGUCUUCCCCAAACAACACAUAGAGGCUUCCAAAUAUUGGACUGUGGGCUGUGAAUCAAGAUGAACCUUUUAUUGCUACCAUGACAGUGAGACUAGUUCUGGCUAGCCAGUACAGUCAGUGACCUGUGUAGAGGACUUUCCCCUCAGGUUUCCAAACAGGAAACGAAGAAAGGUUUGAUUUACUAUAAGAGAGCAGAGGAAAUGUCUGUGUAACAUGUAAUGGCACCUCUUCAUUAUACAUAGACUCGAAGUCUGUUUCCUUUUUACCAUGGAGUCCAACCAUAAAGGUGCAUGCGAUGGAGGAAGAGGGAGAUGAUGAAACAGAUUAAUAUUUACAGUCAAGAGUUGGAGCAUUAACAUAAAUAAUUAACAGAUAAUUUUUAUCAUUUAUUGUAACUUUCUGCGGGAUAUUUUGUGAAUAAAUAAUUUGCAGAUUUUCAGAUUAUAUGGUAGCAGGACGACGUUCUCUCUGCUGUCAGGUGAUUUUGGCCUGUACAGUGAACCAAAGCUCUUCCAAAUGCUUGUAGGCCCUCAACUCAACUGAUACCAAGUUUGCACAUUGUGUGAAUCAACAAGGUUUUUAAUGGAUUUCUGCUUAUCCCCCCCCCCCCCAGGGACCCUUGUAGUGUAAUAGGAUAUAUUUUAAUCUUUGCACACACUCCCCAUGGUUUGCAUUAUUACAACGUUAGCAUCAACUGGAUGCCCGGUACAUGAAAUAAGACAUUUGGUUGGUUCAAUUAGAGGAUCAGAUUAAUUUAACCGAGAAUUUGAUUACUUGAUGAUUUUCAGAUUUUAAUGAUACUAAGUUAGUAAUAAGUUACCACAAAAUAUGUUACUGAUCUCAUCAUUGUCAAAUUUAAUAACACUGUUAGUGUGAAGGGUUGAUUUAGGAAGUAUAUUAUUGUUUGCACCAUAUUACUUUGCAUACUAAACAUAUCCAUAUUAGUCUAACAAAAUGAUAUACAAGUUCAGCCUUUGAAUGACAUUUUAUGCUGUCUCUGCCAUAUAAAGUAAUUUCUCCACAUUUUCCCUGUGCGUGUAAGAGAGGGAGAGAGGCUAACUGCUCUUUAUUACUUUUCAUAGGCUUGUAAAUGAAGUUUGUUGAGUCCGUCCGGCCAGUUCAAACACUGCCAUUGCAAUUCAGCGUGCAGAUGACUGAUAACUGGCUAGAUUUCCUAAAACCAUCAUAUUCAGUGAAGUAAAAAUCUUCCUGCAAUAAUAGUUGAGGGCAACUCAGAAACCCAGAGCUACUCUGCUGCUAUCUUCCUGUCAGCAUGCAGCUCCAUGAACACCAGACAACUGCAGCUCAGAGAGGAUAAUGAAGUGGUUUUUGACCAUUAUUAGGAUGUAUCUCCUUAAGCUGUUUUUAGGUGGUUGGUAAAACAGUGAUAAUGACCAGUAAAUAUCAGGAUACACCAUCCGCGCUGGGUGAUGGACAUACAGGUUAGCUGGGUCUGGCCUCAGGUGGAACAGGCACAGUGACUGGGCUUGCUGGACCUGAACCACUAGGAUUUGACUUUGAGCCAGCUGGAUAAGGUUGGUUGUCGAGCAUGCUAGAUAGACUAAAUGUAGUGUAAUUGUAAAAUUUUCUUUCUGAAAUUAAUAUUGUAAUUGUCAAAUUUUCAUGGAAUUUUGUCUUGGGAAAUAUUACUCUUUGGGCUGUAAAUCUUUGAAAUGAAUCUGGUUUUAUGCAGGGAGAUAUUUUUGAAUCUGCACAAAGCUUUAAUAGUAAAAAAAGGUAAUGUUUCAGCCAACGUGACUAAGUAUGCAAUUCCAUCCUGCCAUUAAUAUAUAUUCAUUUAAUUUUGACUUGUUUUUGUUAAAUCAAACUUAAUUUUUAUGUCCUUCCUUACGUUGCCAAAUGACAACAGAGUGACUGAUCUGCCUCUGUGGCGACACGAGAUGGAAGCCUCGAUGCAGUAGCAGACCCGUGUGUUGUUUUUGUUGAGAUGUAGAUUAGCAAUCUGUCUGCAAUAAACUGGUGGGCAGUGGUCUGAAUUUAGAGGGUCCGGUGAAAUUUUGGGAUGCUAGCUUUUUUCUUUUUUUUCUUUUUCUGUAAGGCUCAAAACUGGAAUGUCAAUGUGGACGAGGGGAAAUGAGGGAGGUUACUUUGUAAAAGUUGUACAAAGUCAAUUAUUUUGUGUGUUUAAAGGAUAUCGAGAGAAUUUUUACUGAACCAAUUGUUUAUAGAUUUUUAUUUAUGGUGUCAAGGUACAACAAAAUGUACAGAGGUGCAGCCAUGCACAGUCUAGUCUGCUUUUGUUUAGUAAAUGCUAUUUUUAAAUGUCAAAAAAGAAUAAAUGUAUUGUGGAAUACUGAAAAUGUUGACCAGUUGUCUUGAUGCAAAACAGUGCAGCUUCAACAAAAUGAAGGUAGAUCCAUUCCUGCCCUGCUUAGACACCUUUCAGGCUGACUUUAAAG